AUGAAGUGGCUUAUUGUGGCUAUGAUUGUGAUUGCGUCUAAAACAAUUUCGAGUGCUUUUGCGCCUCCCGGAUCGUGUCCCGCCGUGUGUAUGUGUAAAUGGAAGGGAGGUAAACAGACUGUGGAGUGUGUGGAUCGGGCUUUGAUCACAGUGCCCGAACCCGUGGACCCAGCGACUCAAGUGCUCGACCUUUCAGGCAACAAUUUACAAAUACUUCCACAGGAGGCCUUCGCAAGGACCGGCCUUGUCAAUUUGCAAAGAGUGUAUUUAAGAAAUUGUAAUAUAGGCCAAAUUAAUGAUCGUGCGUUUAAAGGUCUAACUAAUCUAGUGGAAUUAGAUCUUUCCAAUAAUUUGCUUACGCAAAUACCAUCUUACUCGUUUAUGGAUGCUCCAUUUUUAAGAGACCUUGCCUUGUCUCAUAAUCCUAUUUUAAAGGUACAUUCAGACGCCCUUAACAACCUUGGUAGCGUAGUAAAACUUGAUCUAUCGCGAUGUGAAAUCAGAGAUAUAGCCGCUGACGUAUUCAGAAAUUUACAUUCGCUGGAAUCCUUGAAGCUUAAUGGGAAUAAUCUUAGAGACUUACCCUUGAGCUCUCUGGAAAAAUUAGAAAAAUUAAGAGUUAUCGAUUUAUCCGACAACCCGUGGAUUUGUGACUGCCGUCUGAGAGAUCUCAAAAUGUGGCUCUCAAAUCACAAACUAUUUUCAAGUCCAUCUUGUUCUUCUCCUCUACGAUUAGCGGACAAAGCAUUUUCUGACUUAUCCCUAGAAGAAUUUGCAUGCAAACCGGAAAUUUUGCCAGUGAGCAGGCACGUAGAAGCCACAGUUGGUGAAAAUACGACGGUAAUAUGUAAAACAGAGGCAGUACCAAGCGCUUCCAUUAAUUGGUAUUGGAAUGGCCGUCUUCUGCAAAACGGCAGUAAUUUUAAUUCGCACCAGCGUAUACAUAUUUUUGAGGUAGGGGACAUAAAGAAGAAAUCAUCUUUAGUCCUAACUAAUACCCAAGAGACUGAUUCCUCGGAAUUUUACUGUGUCGCAGAGAAUAAGGGUGGAAACGCGGAGGCAAACUUUACCGUUCAUGUCACUCAAAUGCCAGCUGGAAUGGCAUCCUUAGGAAGCGCCCAAAUAGCUAGUUUGGGAGCAGCUUUAUUUUUAGUGGUUAUUGUAAUUUCUUUGGGUCUACUUAUCACAUUUGUACGAUUUAGACCAACAUCAGAGUGCGAAAGUAAAACACCUAACACUUUAGACAGAGUUGUAUCUGGAAAUGAAGUGCACCCAACAAUAAAUGACCGACCACAUGUGGCAGUUUUAGCUAAUGGGCAAGAAUCUGUGAAUUAUGAUGACAGAAAAUGUAAUUCUAUAAUUAAGCCUCCGCGCUCGAACGACAUCCCCUAUACGACGAAUCAUUACGAAGGUCGAGGCAGCAUUGUUACUACGGGAGGAAAUGUUGCAGUAUCUCCGACUAUUUCUGGUGGAAUAGAUCCGGAUCUAAUCAACGAUACUCGGCCAGAAAGUGUCUUAAGACCAGAAAGUGGAGAGUACGCUCGUGAAGCAUCCGAUUCUCUAUACCCUUCGGGACUGUGGGAUCAAAUUAAAAUGACACAAGCAAAUAAUCUAGCCCGUGCCGUAAGUUCAGCGAUCCCAUCUUAUUAUAAUGACCGAACCCCUAUUAUAGAGAAUAGCAGCGUUAACGGUUCACAAGAGGAAUUGGGAUACACGAGUAGAACAUUUCCACGAUCACAUGCUUUAACGGCGGCGCCUGUACAAGCGGGAGAUGCCCCUUAUCCGUCUGAUUACGGCCUCCCGGUUGGGUCAGCGCGCACUCUUCGCGUUUGGCAACGUGCCCCACCCGUACUUCCACCAGUAUCAGCCUUAAAGAGAGUGUUAACUAUCACUAGGCCUUCGGAAGAUAAUUUCCACGACGGCUGUGCCACAGAUGUUUAA